AUGGAGACGGGCCCGGCGCCCCUGGUGGCCCCGCCGCGCCGUCAUGGCGCCCCCGCGGCCCCUUCGCCGCCGCCCCGCGGCUCUCGGGCCGGGCCCGUCCUGGUGGUGGCUCCGGGGCCGCCAGUGACCACGGCCACUUCGGCCCCGGUCACCCUGGUGGCCCCCGGGGAGGCGCGGCCCGCAUGGGUACCGGGUCCGACCCAGACCUCAGACUCGGCUCCCAGCCCGACGGUCACAGGCAGCACGGAGGUGGGACUGCCUCUGGAGGCCUCACCCGAUGCCCGCAGGGCGCAGGUCUCCAACCCGGAGCCCUUGGUGCCCGAGGCUGUGGCUGGAGCCGAGAUGUCCGUGGCUCAGGCCCCAGGGGCAGACCCUCCGAAGACGGAGGAGGCUAUAACCUCACCCGAUCCUGGACCCGGGACCCUCACCAGGACCCCUUCAAGAACGGCUCCUGGGGCCCUGACAGCCAAACCCCCUCUCGCCCCCAAGCCGGGAACCACAGUGGCCUCAGGUGUGACUGCACGGGUUGCAGCUGUGACAGCAGGACAGGUGACAAGUGGACAUGGAGCUGCGGCAGCAACAUCAGCAUCAACCGGACAGGCUCCCGAGGACCCUUCAGGGCCUGGCACAGGCCCUCCAGGGUCAUGUGAGGCCCAGGUAGCUGUCGUGACGGUGACCCCAGCUCCGGAGCCCGCUGAAAACUCUCAGGACCUAGGCUCCAUGUCCAGCCUGGGACCUGGCAUCUCUGGGCCUCGAGGGCAGGCCCCAGACACCCUGAGCUACUUGGACUCCGUGAGCCUCAUGUCUGGGACCCUGGAGUCCUUGGCGGAUGAUGUGAGCUCCAUGGGCUCAGACUCUGAGAUAAACGGGCUGGCCCUGCGCAAGACGGACAAGUACGGCUUCCUUGGGGGCAGCCAGUAUUCAGGCAGCCUAGAGAGCUCCAUUCCUGUGGAUGUGGCUCGGCAGCGGGAGCUCAAAUGGCUGGAGAUGUUCAGUCACUGGGAUAAGUGGCUGUCACGGCGUUUCCAGAAGGUGAAGCUGCGUUGCCGGAAGGGGAUCCCCUCCUCCCUCAGAGCCAAGGCCUGGCAGUACCUGUCCAAUAGCAAGGAACUCCUGGAGCAGAACCCGGGCAAGUUUGAGGAGCUGGAACGGGCUCCUGGGGACCCUAAGUGGCUGGAUGUGAUUGAGAAGGACCUGCACCGCCAGUUCCCUUUCCACGAGAUGUUUGCUGCUCGAGGCGGGCACGGGCAGCAGGACCUGUAUCGAAUCCUGAAGGCCUACACCAUCUACCGGCCCGAUGAGGGCUACUGCCAGGCCCAGGCCCCCGUGGCCGCGGUGUUGCUCAUGCACAUGCCUGCUGAGCAAGCCUUCUGGUGCCUGGUGCAGAUCUGCGACAAGUAUCUGCCUGGUUACUACAGCGCAGGGCUGGAGGCCAUUCAGCUGGACGGAGAGAUCUUCUUUGCCCUGUUGCGCCGGGCCUCCCCACUGGCGCAUCGGCACCUGCGACGGCAGCGCAUCGAUCCCGUGCUCUACAUGACAGAGUGGUUCAUGUGCAUCUUUGCCCGCACCCUGCCCUGGGCUUCAGUGCUCCGGGUCUGGGAUAUGUUCUUCUGUGAAGGCGUCAAGAUCAUCUUCCGGGUGGCCCUGGUGCUGCUGCGGCACACGCUGGGCUCGGUGGAAAAGCUGCGCUCCUGCCAAGGCAUGUAUGAGACCAUGGAGCAGCUGCGGAACUUGCCCCAGCAGUGCAUGCAGGAGGACUUCCUGGUGCACGAGGUGACCAACCUCCAAGUGACAGAAGCACUGAUUGAGCGAGAGAACGCAGCCCAGCUCAAGAAGUGGCUGGAAACCCGGGGCGAGCUGCAGUAUCGCCCCUCACGGAGACUACACGGUUCCCGGGCCAUCCACGAGGAGCGCCGGCGGCAGCUGCCCCCCCUGGGCCCCUCCUCCAGCCUCCUCAGCCUCCCUGGCCUCAAGAGCCGGGGCUCCCGGGCAGGUGGAGGGGUCCCCUCCCCACCCCCUCCCGUCCGCAGGGCCAGCGCGGGGCCUGCCCCAGGGCCCGUGGUCACCGCCGAGGGACUGCGUCCAUCCCUUCCUUCGCCUACUGGCAACAGCGCCCCUCUGGCCCCUAGCGGCAAGGAGGCCCGGAGGCAGGAGAAGGAGCGGCAAAAACAGGAAAAGGAACGCGAGAAGGAGCGGCAGAAACAGGAAAAAGAACGGGAGAAGCAGGAGAGGGAGCGGCAGAAGCAGGAGAAGGAGCAGCAGAAACAGGAGAAGGAGCGGCAGAAGCAGGAGAAGAAGGCCCAGGGCAGGAAGCUCUCACUCCGUCGAAAGGCAGAUGGACCGCCUGCCCCCCAGGACGGCGGGGACAGGUCCUCAGCAUCAGAGGCCCGGCAGGAUGCGUACUUCUGACCUCUGCCCUGGGGCUGGACUGCGUGGCCCCCUCUUUUCCCUCAGCCAAGAGCAGACCUAGCCUGGGGUGCUGCUCCCAGCCCGCCCUUGGCAGGCUGUCCCUCUUUUUGAGGAAAGUGGCUUGUUCCCCGUCUCCGUGCCAGCCGCUGAUCCCCACGUGGCCAGGACAGUCAGAACGGGGGGCAGCUGCAUUUCCCUGGGGAAGCAGUGGACACCUCACCUCUAGCUCGGCCCAACUGGGGUCCCUUCCCAGGUGCCGCUCUCCUGAUUGGCCUUUGGUUACCGCAGGGGUGACCUGUGGCAGUGGGAGUCAGCAGUUUUCAGAUUCUUACACUCCAGUCACUCCCCUUACCCGUGAAGUGAAGCUGGGUUCCUUUACCCCCUUCAGUCCUGCCUGUCUUCCCCCAGUUCCUGGUUGGGGGCCCAGGCUCUUCUUGCUCUCCUUCUGGACAUCUCUGUGUUGUAAUUAUGUACAGAGGACCUGGUGGGCCCCAGGUGGGGGUGUUCACUCCAUCUUCUGUUCUCUGGUUCUUCCUCCUCAGUGUUCUUGCACUCUAGUUUAUUUAAGGGGACACGCACUGGAACAGGAAAUGUCUCCCACCUCCCACCACCACCCUCCUUGCUCUCCUUCCUCUUCACCCACCUUUCUCUGUAUUCUCAGGCCUCCCCUGCUUUGUCUGACCAGGGCCCCUGCCUUUCACUUUGUCCCUUCCAACCCUCCAGCCCCUUCCUGGGUAAGGGUCUUCCCCUGAGCCCCAGGGGGUGGAACCCAAUGUUUACAUGUUCUUCUGUCUCUGCCCCCACCCUGUGCGGCCGCUUUGAGGAACCGGAAAAGAACCUGCUGUUGUA